AUGGUCACUUUUCAAGAGGCCUGUGGUCUGUUGAAGUCGACGAAGAUUACGGAACGCGGGAGUGCAAUCCUCGCUCUCAGCUCGUACUUCAGCUCCGAACGCGAUUUCCAUUCGGUCAACUGGGCGGAUGUUUUUGAUAGGCUGAAACUCUGCAUUGGAACGGAGAAAACAACAUAUGUGAAUUCACAAACAAAUGCCAAAUCCAACGCAGCAAGGAACCGUCUCAUCAAUGUCGCACAACUUAUUCGUCAGGCUACUACGGCCUUUGUCAGCGUCCCUUUCAAGAACAAGCACUACCAAGUCUCCAAAGACUUGCUGGCGCACUUCAGCAGCUUCUUGACGUCCAAGAACAGACUCCUGGAACCCAUCGCGCUUGAGUACAUUAAAUCCAUGCGAUGCGUUCUUGAAUGGAAUCCUAUAAUGGACCGUAUCGAAGAAGAUCUUUGGCUGCAACUCGUUCAGUUUGCAUUCAACGUUAUCAUGGACGACCCCCUACGGCAUGAAUUUGAUCAAAAUGAAGCUGCUGAAGUUGUCAGCCCACCAUCAAUGGAUCCGGACUCUGAUGAAAGCGAUGAACCUGCUGCAUCUCCGAGAAAGAGACGGAAGCGACCCCAUCCCUCGCAACCAGACCCCAAACGUCGAGAGUUAUUAGUGCCGAGUCCCGAGCAGACCGAACUCAUGCCUUGUCUCUGCAUACUCAUGGGCUCUGCUAGCGCGCCAAUCCUUCUCUCAAGCCACUCUUAUCUUCCUAGUGCAAUUCUUUCUCGACUUCAACGUUUUGUCGGGAUGUACUCCCCAGACGCAUCUUUUAUCCAGGACUAUUUGCGUUUAGUUCUCCAUACCCUGUCGCAUCUCUCGAUGAAUCAUCCCACCCUCGUCUCGCGCUUCGCGUCCAAUAGCUGGCAGUCUCUAGUCGGACUGUGGGGCAGCAAGAACAAAAGCUUAAAGGAGUGCCUCGUAGCCGUGCUUUACAUUCUGUUCCCUUAUCUUAAAGCCAGUAAUGACAACAAAGGACCAGAACAGAUUUCAUCAUUAAACAAGGUUCUGGAGGGUGACGGUGGGGCGGGUGGUCUCUCUUUCGACUCCAUGCGACUGGAAGUUCGACUUGAAGACAAUAAACCACAAGCGUUUGUCUCGCAAACGUUUCGAGCCGGAAAUAACAUUGUCGAAAGCCAGGCGCUGACUUGGGCCAUUCUCGAACUCCAGGCUGACUGCAUGGAACAGUUGCAUCAGCACUCUGAAAGCAUAUUCUCUUCCUCUACAAAGGGUCCCAUUCUUUCGCUCAUUACAUCCCUGGACUCUGCGACCAAUCCUACUCUUCGCAUAUAUCGCUUACAGACACUCCUCUUUCUUGUUGAUCGACAUUGGACGACUCUUCACGAUGACCUCCAAAUGAAGGUCUUCACUUCCCUGAAGAAACACAUCACUUCCACGGACCUAGUCGUUCAACCAUGGGCAUUGAUGUGUGUGGCUGCAAUAGCCCAUGCUGACGCUCACCAGGGUAAUCUUCCGCCAACUCGCGAUUGGGAUGUGAUCUGGGCACACGCUCUCAGACGCGUCAAUUCUCCCAAUGUAGCUCGUGCUGCUUGUCACGCCGCGCAUAUGAUGUUGCUCUGCUCUCAGUCUCCUUUACCGACGGAGAGGAUCGCACUUACUCCUCAGAAUGUCUUAAUGGAAAUCGAAACUCUUGCCAAGGAUCUUGAUGUUCAAGGGCCACCUUUUCCUUGCGACUCAGUCUGUGCAUUUCUCUCUCAAGUACUGAGGAUCGCAAGCCAAGACGUUCGCCUACAUCGGAAGCAGUUUGAGGAGAAGGUAUUAUCAUGGCUUCUUGACUGCUGGUCUCCUCACCGAACGGAACACAUCGGCGCGUAUGCGAUGACCGACAUCAUAUUAUUGCUCCAUGCCAUUUGCGGUAUUAGCCGAAGCAGCGAUCUCUUUUCCUCCGUCAUCUUGCCGGAAUGUCUGAUCGUUCAGACACUGGUCGAGGAAGAGCAAACACGCAUCAUUAGAGAGUUCGUUGUCGAUGCCAAACUACCGAGACUUUCGCAGGCCAGCAAGCCAUCUUCUCUCACUGGACAUCUGGCAGCUACGGCGAGCGAUGGGAAGCGAAUUAAUGAAGAGCCUAUGGAGGAAACUCCUCGCGAGCGCCGAGUAUCGGCUUUUUUCCACCGAUGGCUGGAAACCGUUGGCUCUGAGCUGCCAACUGUCGAUAAAUCACUGCCGCUCCUUACAGUCGCCAAGUCUCGUACUUCGCUCGACUGGGCCAUAAUCGCGCUAUCGUUCCAGGCCAUAAUGUCUCGUAACGGCACCCGCCCAAAUAGACGCGUCAUACAAGCAGCUUGCAAGGUGGUUCAAGUCAUCGUUCUGUGGCUUCGUGAUCCUCGUUGGAAGGAGCCUGAAAUUCUCAGCAUCCUCCUUGCACUCGAGCCUUUGACUGCAACUGGGUAUAUAUCAGACGAAACAGCUUUUCGCGUCGCAUUUUCGCCACCCGAUAUCGGGUCUGGUAUCAAAACAAAGGCCCUCUCUGCCGCGACCGAUCAAAGAGAGGAUUCAACAUCACAAACAAUCGAGCUUCAAGAGUUGAUUUGCCAAAGUACUGAUGUCCAAGAUUGUUUCAAGGGUGUUGUAAAAGUCCUGCGCGAUAUUCUCCGACGAGUGACGGAUCAACACGAAUCCCGCCAAACACGUGAUGCUGACUUUGACUAUAUCACCGUUCCAGCAGGAAGUGGGCGUUUAAUCGGAACUGUUGAUGUUGGCCGCAUUGCUCAUGCGUGCAUCUCGUUUUUAUCCAUCUUCCCGCUUCGCUCGUCAGCCCAUGCCACCCUUGAUCCAGAAUUGACGUUGUUGGUUUUUGAAUGCAUCAACCCACAGUCACUACUCGAAAGAUCGCCCCAAAUCAGGUCAAGGUUGUUUUCAGUCUUCGAAGUUUUUCUUUAUCACGUCAAAGAAAAUCAUAUCGCCUUCAGCAAUGUCGACUACAGCAAUUUCGUCCAACGACUGGCAGAUACGAUUAGAAUUCCGUACUACAGUCGAAGCAGUCUUGCUCAUCUACUCACUAUCCGCUUUCUCGCAUCAAAUCUCUCGCGCUGGGUUCAUUUCGACGGUGAACUAGCGUUGUACACUCGAACACUUUGCGCUUGGCUUUCUGAAAUGCUUCAUGGGCAAUCCAGAACGCGUUUACGAUCUUGGAAAGCUCGUGAUGCACUCGCGAGGUUAUACGAUGGUUAUUUGGAGCUCGAUCCUCAUGCUGUCACGUGGUACAAUGCUACCGACGACGACGAGAUGAACAGCCGAGGACUACCAACCUUAUUACUCCCUAUCAUGAACAACGAUGACGAUGUUCGGGUUCGAUUUCGCGCUGCUGCGCUUGCCCCCAAUCUUCUUACCAUUCGACGAACACAAGGUCUCAACGUGGUACAGAAUGUCUAUAAACCCAUCUUCGACUCACUUCCACAAGAGCUAACGCAUAGGCAACACAUGCUGACCCGGAUCCUUUCUCUCGGCAACAUCAUGAUUGUGUGCUCGGCCGUUCGACAUGGAGCGUAUUGGUCCAUACUAGAAGGUGCAUUCUGUGAUGCCAAGUUUGAGUCUCAUACGCGGGCUAUCCUCCUGGCCGUGGCUGAGAGGCUUCAUCUUCAAACAUCUGCCUCUUUAUUCCAGGCAUACUCAUCUCAGCUCGCCUUCACCCUACGGUUCAACGGCUAUAACUUGCUUAACCUUCGUCCUGAUGUCCUCGGGUAUCGUGAUCGUCGUGAAUGCGCAGCAGCCAAUUUUAAGGCAUUCACCCCUGCAAACCUUGUCGCCGACAUCGCAACAAGAGACGAGUCAUCCUUCUCCAAGCUCUGUACAACCCUCCACAAGUCCCCUGCUGAUGGCAUCAACGAAUGUUUUGCCGAUAUAGUAGCUUACGACCUGCUCCAGAACACAAUUCGUCGCACCCCUCUGACCCAUGAAGAGUUCAAGCAGAAUCUUGCUUCAAUAUUAACGAGGCACACGUGGGACGGUGAUCUUGACACCAUGCUCAGUAACAACGUCGACGGUGUCUCCUUCUGGAUCGUUCGCUCUCUCGGAGAUCAGGACUUCAGUGCCCAGGGUCCAAUUGCUGAGGCUCUCCUCCAGGCGGAUCAGACCGGUGUGGCUGUUCACACGUUCCGAGAAUUGAUUCGCUAUCGACGUAAUGAUGGAUUUGAUGCCCAUCCACCAAAUAAUCCUGCACGUCCGACUGCUGAGAUUUUACAUGCUCUUCAUUGGCUCAGCGAACUAAUACCCGGUGCUCCGGCGGCGGCGACAGCGUAUCACGUAACCCACGAACUUUUCGCGGAAAUCCACCGAACUGUCCUCGUCAACGAGCAGCUAAGGCUCCUCAACGCCCUUUCGCUCUGGAUUUCAAUUCGGCCAGAAUUUUCUCAAGAUUCUGCUCUUCUUCAAGUUCUUCUUCGUGGUGCAACCUCUUUAAUCGUCCAGUUUGAGCUUGCUAGAGCAGCACAAUCAAUCCUGGAAUGGGUUUUUAACUGCUUACCAAAUCUGCAAGUAGAUGACCCACGUCUCGCGGAUGUGCUCAUUCGGAUCGCGUGCUCCGCGGAUAAUUAUGGGGAACAAGUUUUGCCGCUUUCGAAAGUCCUUGGGCAAGACCUUCGGAUUUGGAUUGAUGAUCAGGUCCACCUUCUUUCGCAAACUCACCUCCAUGAUUCCAUUGUUCGGGCUCUUUCUGCAUGGCCUCAUACCCCCUCACCCCAGCUAGCGACAUUGAUCAGUGCCGCUACUUCAACAAAUUUGUCGAACCUGCUCAAUGACUCGUCUAUGGUCUCGAACAAAUUUCGGUUGGUUCGCCAGCUGCGCGAUAUUGCGGCAUCAGGGGAUGGUGAUCAAGUUCAAUUUUCGGAGACCGACUUCUGGAGACUGCGGGAAUGCAUUCCGCCAACCAAUCAGCUUGAAAGAGAGGACGUCGAUGCAUUUGCUGGAUUGCUAGAAGUCCAUCAAGGUAUGAUUACUAGUUUCGUCACAGAGCAAGCUUCUAUGCGAGGAAGGCAUCGUCGUCAUAUUGGUACCAGCUCGUUGCCACGUGAAUGGAUUCUCCAGAAUCUCCUUGUGAUGCUCGAAGCAAGCGAUCCGGCUCAGGUUCAUAUGGCCUACAACACUUUGCGCCUCAUCUUGUCGGUAACCUUGCCUAGCACAUGGAAAACACUCCCUUCAGAGUAUAUUCACGAAGUUGGCCAUCUGCAAACAUAUAAGCGCCUUGCUAUUAGCCGACCAUUACGUUCUCUGGAAGACUUGACUGGGAACGAUGACUUGACUGCUGCGGACAACUUCCCUCGGUGGAUUAGUGCUGUUGCAAUUCUUCUCAGUGACAUACUUUCCCUCUCUGAUCCAUUCUAUGCUCAACUCUCCGUCAUUCUGGAGUCUGAUGCUGGGUUCACGGAAAAUGCAUUACCUGUUUUGGUGCGGUCCAUUCUUCACAGCGAACGAGAAGCAGAAAUCGGGCAACCAAUUUCGGGACUGCCUUAUAGGCGGCAGCUGUCCUCGUUCUUCACCACUGUGUUGGAAUCGGAAGGCGCUAGUAUCGCUUGCAUUCAAUCGAUUGUUGAUAUCGUGUUACAUCUGCGCACCUUUGAUCCACCCAACCCCCAGAUCAACACAGUAAAAGUUGACUAUCUCGCCUACAACAAGUGGCUGGACAUCGACUACACUCUCUUAGCGGGGAAGGCUCUGCUUUGUGGCGCGUACACUACCUCCCUACUCUUCUUGGAGCUCGCGAAAGAUAAAUUGAUCAAGGCCGAUGCAAAUGCCAAAUCCGAAACGGACGAUGCCCGCCAUGCGGACAUUCUUUACGACAUUUACGCUCACAUCGACGAACCAGACGGAUUCUACAGUAUCAAGACUCGCGACACCAACAAAUUUGUCAUCAAACGACUACAUCACGAGAAGCAAUGGACCAAAGCAUUCCAAUUCCAUAGCGCUGCGCUAGAAUCGUCAACCACAAACGCCCAAGAAGCAAAUGGCUUACUCCAAGCCUUUCAUUCCUUCGGAUUCCACCAUCUCGCAAUGGAUACACUUCAGAAGUCCUCCCUCACUGGUGGCGCACCGGUCAAAUCUGACAUGUCGUACCAACUUGGUUGGCGAACCGAAACAUGGGAUCUUCCGGAGCAUACCAGUGAUGGACCGGGCGUUUCGCUUUAUAACUCUCUCCGUGCUGUGAAUCGUGCUCGCAGUCCAGCAGCAAUUCAAGCUGUACUUCAUCGGUCAAUUUUCAGCGAAAUUGACCGACUUCGUGGCUUGGGCUCGGAAAACUUGACUGAAAUUCGGGACACAGCUCAAAACCUGAUGUGUCUCAACCAAGUCACCGAAUGGUUUAAGAGUGAAAAUCAAGCACGUCUCGGCCAUCGUCGGCCAGACACGGCUGCUUGGAGUGCGUUCAUUGGGUUGAGGAAAGGAUUCGAGUUUUCUGAUUUUGAGACCAUCAUGGCCACCCGAAUGGCCCUGAUUCGCUCUGUGAGACAAAAAGAGGACCGCCAGCAAAUCGGAGAUAUGUUGUCGCCACUGUCACGUGCCCUGAUCGACGUCGAAAAGCAGUGUCUGGUGGGCCUCUCCCGAGCAGCGCGGAAUGCCCGACAGCCUCAAAUUGCGCUUAAUUCCAUCAUCAGAGCCCAAUCACUUGAGAGAGGAACACCUUCUCUCGAAGUCUCCGUCGAAUUCGCCAACGUUCUACGAUUACAGAAGGAAGAAAAACUUGCCAUUGACUUUUUGCAGAACCUAGACAUCACGGGGUUGCACAAACCGGACCAGGCCAUAAUUUUAGCUAGCUUGGGGACCUGGAUGGCUGAGGCGCGUCUCGGGAGUCCUGCGGACAUCAGAGUCCGCUACUUUGAAAAGGCGACUGCCUUUAUCAAGGAAUUGCACAGAAACUCUGCCCACCCCCUCUCUCCUUCCCAUGCAGGUGUCUAUCGUCAGUUUGCCACCUUUGCGGAGCAACAAUAUCGCCUGUUGGAUGGCUCGACAGACGUCCUUAGGCUUCUCGUUUACACUGAACGAAAGACAUUGGAAUUAGACCGACGCAAAACUCAAGGCGAAUCCGACAGUUCCAAGGGCGUCAAAGAUGCCAAGCUGUUAUUGGCAAAGGACACAGAAUCAUACAACAAAUAUACCGAAGCCCGUAAAACUUUCCUAAACCAGGCUAUCGACAUGCAUUCUCGGGCGCUGGCUACCUCGUCUGAGCAUGAUGGCGAUGGCCCAAUUCGUCUCUGUUCACUAUGGUUCGAAAACUUCGAAGCAAAUAGUAACGACUUCCAGAAGAGAGUUGCGCGAGCGCUUGAACGAACACCUUCUUCGAAACUUGUCUUCCUAGCUCAUCAACUGACGGCGCGCCUCGCGAAAUCGUCAGGCCUCAAUCAGGACACCUUACAGAAUGUGGUGAUGCGGAUGUGCGUCGAACAUCCGUUCCACAGUUUGUAUCAGGUUUUCAGUCUACUCCCCACUGAACAACAAGAAUAUAUUAUUCCUACGGGUCGCCGUUCUUCCAACCGACCUACCCAACCAUCAACGCCACCAACACCACUCUCGGAUUCUGCCAUGUCUCGUGCCUUAGCUGCCUCAAGUAUUUUCCAGCGACUGCGCGCUGAUGGUCGGUGUAGCGAGCGUCUCAAACAAGUCGAACAACUCGCCAUAGCUUGUUUACAGUGGGCUCGGUACGAAAUCAAAAACAAACCCGACAUCCUCAGUGCUCGCAUCAAGCAAAUCCCAUCAGAGGUAGUUCUUCGCAAAAUCAGCAACCUGGAGGUUCCAGUCAUCACCCAUUCCACACCGUUGGAUCCAACGCUCAGAUACGAUCAAUGUGUCUUCAUUGAUAAAUACGAGCAAACCUUUGACACUGCUGGCGGAAUCAACUUGCCAAAGAUAACGAAAUGUGUGGGGAGCGAUGGUGCUCGCUAUAAGCAACUGUUCAAAGGGGAAGGAAAUGACGAUUUGCGACAAGAUGCUGUCAUGGAACAGGUCUUUUCGCUCUGCAACACGGUCCUGGCCAACGAUCGGGAAGCGAGUCGACGUUCUCUGAAUGUCAGGGGCUACAAAAUCAUUCCGCUUGGUUCUCGAGCCGGCGUCAUUGAGUUUGUCGACAACACGACACCAUUGAGUGGCUGGUUGUCCCGAGCACAUAUCAAAUACAACCCAGGAGAUAUGCAGCCGAACGAAACCAACACCAAGCUAAAAAAGGUCUGGGAUGAACACAAGGGAAGCAAACCGCAGUUGGCGACGGAGGCGUAUGAGAAAGUCUGCAGCAGAUUCCGCCCUGCUUUGCGACACUGGUUCACCGAGAAGCACAAAACUCCAAUGGCAUGGUUUACCAUGCGACUUGCCUAUACUCGGAGUGUUGCGACAACGUCAAUUGUAGGCCAUGUGCUGGGACUUGGAGACCGGCAUACGUCGAAUAUUUUACUGGAUGCUUCAACUGGAGAGGUGGUCCAUAUUGACCUCGGAAUCGCAUUUGAGCAAGGCAAACUGUUGCAUGUUCCCGAGCUCGUGCCUUUCCGACUGACCCGUGAUAUAAUUGAUGGGAUGGGGUCAACGGGUACCGACGGAGUUUUUCAGCGGUGUGCAGAAGAAACUUUGCGAGUGUUACGGCACGAGUCAGCGGUCAUUAUGACCGUCUUGGAGGUUUUCAAGCAUGACCCGCUCUAUUCAUGGACGGCAAGCGAACUCAAACGCAACAAAGUUCAAGAAGGGGCGUCGAAGACUAAGGAGUCAACCAAGGCGUCAACCUCUAAUAUAAACCUGAAUAUUCCGGAGAAUAUUGGCAUUAACAUGUCGAGCGGGCUUGCUGAUGAGGCUGCUGACCGAGCAUUGACAGGGGUUGCUCGGAAACUAGACCAAUCGAUGAGUGUUGAAUACACAGUCAACGAGUUGAUCGCAGAAGCAACGGACGUAAAACGGCUGGGAAUAAUGUGGUACGGGUGGGGAGCGCUUGACUUGUUGCCAAUUUACAUGACCUCGUCAGGUCCUCGACCUUCUCGUGAAAGUAUUCAAGAGUGGCAGACAACACUGCAAAGCUCGUUUGUUCCCAUUCCACAACGAGCAGCGCCGCCACCUCCAACCAAGACUCAUAACGCUCUCCAGAAACCACGGACAAGGAAACUCAGUCUGAACGACCCUUUCGCCAGUCGGUCCUCAAUGGCAGCCCCAUCAUCUCCCCCUCCCCGGCCUUCCAGAGCCAAUACCGCCAAUCUCAACGACAUCUUGGGCGAACCCCAACCUCGUCGAUUGUCCACCCCAGUUGUCCCAACUGACCAGCAGUUCUACGCCGAUCCACAAGAGCCACUUCCCCAAACACCCACCGACUAUUCCACUCCAACCAUUCGCUCUCGCAGUGGCACAGCUUCCUCCAAGGGAAAAAAGUCGGUUCUCGGAUUCAUCUUCAACACAACCAAGCGGCCAGAAAUCAGCACGCCCUACGAUCCAGUCCAUCUUACCCAUGUCGGCUUCAAUUCCUCCACUGGCGAGUUCACUGGGCUGCCCAAGGAGUGGCAGCAACUUCUCCAAGAAAGCGGUAUCUCUCGCUCGGAGCAGGAAAAGAACCCACAGGCGGUCAUGGAGAUUGUCAAAUUCUACCAGGAGGGUCAACAGGGUGGUGCUUGGGACAAGCUUGGUGCAAUGGGAGCCUAUGCGCCCGCUGAAGAGGGCUUCCAGACUCCACGUUCACCGCCAGCGCCUCCAAAAAAAUCGCCUUCGAGUUUCACUUCCCCCGCUCCAACUGCCUACCGACCAGCUCCAACUCCUCCAACUCCCGUUUCACCUGCACUUGAUCGCUCUACGUCACAGCGAACACCCUCGAAACCACCCGCCAAGCCCGUUGAGCGGUCCAAUACUAUGCGUGACAGAGCACCACCGGUCGCACCACCCAAAUCUGGUGUUCCUUCAAAUACUACUACAACUCCCAAAGCGUCACCUGGGUCAUCUACGACUGAUUUGCCUCUUAGAGCUGCCCCACCACGUGCUCCUGCCCCACCAAGUGCCGCCGCUGCCUCACUCGCUAAAGCUGGCGCAACUGGCGCGACUCCCCGACGACGCGAAAAGAAACCAGCAGACAAAGACAAGGACAAUGACACUGUCCGUCGCUUGCAGCAAAUCUGCACAGACGCUGAUCCAACUCGCCUUUAUCGCAACCUCGUCAAAAUUGGUCAGGGUGCAUCUGGUGGGGUCUACACUGCUUACCAGGUCGGCACCAAUCUGUGUGUCGCCAUCAAACAGAUGGACCUCGACAAGCAGCCUAAGAAGGACCUCAUUAUCAACGAGAUUCUCGUCAUGCGCUCUUCUAGACAUCCUAACAUCGUCAACUACAUCGACUCUUUCUUGUACAAGAAUGACCUCUGGGUCGUUAUGGAGUAUAUGGAGGGCGGCUCUCUCACUGACGUUGUUACCGCCAACCUCAUGACUGAAGGCCAGAUCGCUGCCGUAUCGCGUGAAACUGCACAGGGACUCCAGCAUCUCCACCGUCAUGGAGUCAUCCAUCGGGACAUCAAGAGCGAUAAUGUUCUCCUCAGCAUGGUUGGCGACAUCAAGCUCACGGACUUUGGCUUCUGUGCGCAAAUAUCUGAUCCAGCACAUGCGAAACGUACAACCAUGGUCGGAACUCCGUAUUGGAUGGCCCCAGAGGUGGUAACACGGAAAGAAUAUGGACCCAAGGUCGACAUCUGGUCACUGGGAAUCAUGGCUAUUGAAAUGAUCGAAGGAGAGCCGCCUUACCUUAACCAGAAUCCACUCAAAGCCUUGUACCUCAUCGCAACCAACGGCACACCGACAAUUGCCAACCCCGAAAGUUUGUCAGCAGUCUUCAGCGACUACCUCGCAAAAACUCUGGAAGUCGAUGCGGAGAAGCGACCGAGCGCAACCGAGCUUCUUCAACACCCUUUCUUUGCCCUGAGCGAACCAUUACGCACCCUUUCCCCUCUAAUAAAGGCCGCUCGCGACAUCGCUAAGCAGCCCAAGUAG